AUGGCUGGCGCCAAGAAAAAGAAGAAGCCCGCCGCGAACCCGGCCAGAGGUUUCGCCACGACCUCCGUUGCUUCAUCCAAGGCCCGGACUGAACCCGCCGAGGGCCCCGAAAACGCUGUCACUGCUAUCGCCACCAACGCUGCCUCAUCUCAAGAAGCCCCACCAACUGCAUCUCCGUCUGCCUCUGCCGGCGACAAGGCUGCCAAGACAGCUUUAAGUCCCGAAGAAUACGAAAAGCAGCUUGAGGAGGACGAGUUGCAGCUGCUGGUUGAUAAGUACGCUCAAAAAACGAAGAGAGAUGCGCAGCGCCAGCGUACACGCCUUGAAACCGAUCGCCGACUUCUUAGGAGUCAAGCCGAUUCCGUCAAUUCCAGGAAAUGGUUACCUCAAGAGCUUAUGGAUCAGGUCUUGGAUCUAAUUCAGGCGGAAAGUCGCUUCGCCUCGUCCAGUGUGUCAACGGAGAACUCUGCCAGUGGUAAGAUGCUGCCAGAAGAGGACAUGACUAUAAAGCUGUGGACUCUUCAGCAGACACUUGCCAGUGUUGGCUUUCCCGAGGAGCGCGUCCAGGCUGUUAUGCGUUACAUAUUGGACAUUGCACCCAACAUACCCGCGAUCGCCAAGGAUAGCUUGUGGGGGCUGGAAGAAGCUCUCGACUGGCUGGCUAGAGAAUGUCCAAGUGAUGAGUUGCCUGACUACGAGGGCCGCGGCAGACAUGUUACCAAGUCGUUAGACACGCCUGCCGAAAGUCCUUUGCCCUCGGGUGCAACCACCCCUCGGGCUGGCUCAACUUCAAAGAAUGGCAGUUCGGGUGCUCAGAAGAAGAAGGCUGUUGUAACCUGUGACAGCGAUAUUGAGCCAGAUGAUUUAGUCCCUGUUUAUCUCGAGAGCAAGGCUAAGUUAUUCGAACUUGAACGUGCUCAGCAAGAGAAAAAGAGACAGAAGGGUAGCAAUACAGGUGGAAGCGAAGAAGAAGACAAGGUGGCCAGGCUUCGAGCCAAAAUUGACAGAAUUGAAAAGGAUGUCCUUUUCGACAAGUUUCCUGCUGAGCAACAAUGGAAGACUCAGAAGGUGAUUUUGGAGAAGCAGUUCGCGGCAGCGAAGAAACAGAAGGCACAAGAUGAGGCCGCAAAGGAGCCUGAAAAGGCAGUUGAGGAACUGGCUACGUCCUCUGAUGGAGACAUCAAUGACGAAGCCGCACGCAUUGCUGCCGAGGUCCUUGCGGAAGCCGACGACGAUGAUGGUGCUCUUGCUGAUCUUUUCGCCAAUCUGCCAGUGACUGAGGUCGAUGCCACUGGAAAGUCUAGUACCGUCAUUAACGGCGCAGAUGGUGUGAAGAUCACAAUUCGAGAUUUUGGUAAAUGGACUGGUGUCACUCCCAUGAGGGCUCUUGAGGAAGCUUGCCGAGCGAGGGACGCCUCUGUCAAGAUUUCAUAUCGACUCAUUUCGGAGGUUCCAUUUGCCAAUCGCCAUUCUGUUUCAAUAUCUUGGACCAAGGCUCAAGAUGUCCCUCAGCAGUCUCAAGACGGCAGUGUCGAGGUUAUCGCUUCCACAAUCAAUUUCAACUUUAGUAUGAAAUCUAUCGCCACUCCCGACAAGAAGCAGUCGGAAGCCUACGUCGCAACUUGGGCCCUAUUCCACAUCUUCGGCACCUCCACCAAGGAGGAGAAGGUCGGAAUGAGACUUCCUGCUGUUUGGCGUGAGCUAUGGGACGAGCUUGCCGAAACCAGGAAGAGCAUCCUGGACGCCAAAGAUCGAGAGGCUAUCCGGGAACUACGGGCCCUUGUACGCCAAAGGCAGGAUCAAGAACUCGAAGACGGCGUUAUUAUUCAAGGAGCAUUCAAAGGAAGAGGUGCGGCACGCAACCAGAACGACAACAGAGAUGAAGCCGGUCAGGAUGCGGCUAAACGUCUUUCUGGAGGCCCAGAAUAUUAUCAAAAUAUUUGGGCUCAAAAGACAAGUUCUCCCAGAUAUCAGGCCAUGCUGCAAAGUCGAAUGCAGCUUCCAAUGUGGAACUUCAAACAGCAGGUCACUGAUGCCGUCGAUAGAGAGCAAGUGGUCAUUAUCUGUGGUGAGACCGGAUGUGGAAAGAGUACUCAGGUGCCGGCUUUUCUCCUAGAGCACCAACUGGCUCAAGGCAAGGGCUGCAAGAUUUACUGUACCGAGCCGCGCCGAAUCUCGGCUAUCUCGUUGGCUCGACGCGUCAGUGAGGAACUUGGCGAGGGUAGAAGUGAUCUGGGAACCUCCAGAUCGCUGGUUGGCUAUUCUAUCCGUCUAGAAGCCAACACGUCUCGCGAAACGCGGCUAGUGUAUGCGACCACUGGUAUAGUCAUGCGUAUGCUGGAAGGCUCGAAUGACUUGCGAGAGGUUACGCAUCUUGUUCUGGAUGAGGUUCACGAGAGGUCUAUCGACAGUGACUUCUUGUUGAUCAUUCUCAAGAAGCUCAUGCUGAGGCGUAAAGACUUGAAGGUUGUUCUCAUGUCGGCUACCGUCGAUGCUGAGCGAUUUUCCAAGUAUCUUGGCGGAGCACCGGUGUUGACAGUUCCUGGACGAACCUUCCCUGUACAGGUUCGCUACCUGGAAGAUGCCAUUGAGACAACUGGCUACACGGCUGGACAAAACAAUCAUGAGAAAACAGUAGAUCUGGACGACGACAUGGUGGAUGUGGAAACCGAGGGAUCAAAGUCUACGUCCGGAGCAGACCUCUCGGCUUAUUCAGCCAAGACCAGGUCCAGUCUUGCGCAAAUAGAUGAGUACCGGAUUGAUUUCGAUCUCAUUGUUCAGCUGAUCGCUAAGGUGGCCGCCGAUCCUGAGUACGUGGCGUACAGCAAAGCCAUCCUAGUUUUUUUGCCUGGAAUUGCUGAGAUCAGAACCCUAAACGACCUCCUUUCGGGUGACCCUUCAUUUGCGUCCAACUGGUUGAUAUAUCCACUCCACUCGACGAUUGCAACAGAGGAUCAAGAGGCCGCUUUCCUUGUUCCGCCUCCUGGGGUGCGUAAGAUUGUCCUGGCAACCAACAUUGCCGAAACAGGUAUUACAAUUCCCGACGUGACCUGCGUCAUUGACACGGGCAAACAUCGUGAAAUGAGAUUUGAUGAAAGACGUCAACUUUCUCGGCUCAUCGAUACCUUCAUUUCUCGAGCGAACGCAAAACAACGGCGUGGACGAGCUGGUCGCGUCCAAGAAGGACUAUGCUUUCAUCUUUUCACGAAACAUAGGCACGACACACUUAUGAGCGACCAGCAGACACCAGAAAUGCUACGUCUCUCUCUUCAGGACCUGGCCAUUCGUGUGAAAAUUUGCAAGAUCGGCGGCAUCGAGGAGACGUUGAGCGAAGCGCUCGACCCUCCAUCGGCCAAGAACAUACGUCGUGCGGUGGAUGCGCUCAUCGACGUUCGCGCUCUAACCCCUGCGGAAGAUUUAACUCCCCUUGGUCACCAGCUUGCACGGUUGCCUCUGGAUGUGUUCCUUGGCAAGUUGAUUCUUAUGGGCGCCAUCUUCAAGUGUCUAGACAUGGCCAUCACUGUGGCCGCCAUCCUUUCCUCAAAAUCGCCCUUCUCUGCACCAUUCGGCCAACGAGCACAAGCUGACCUAGCAAGAAUGGCCUUCCGCCGAGGAGACUCGGAUCUACUGACAAUUUAUAACGCCUACCUUGCCUGGAAACGCGUCUGCCAAUCUACCAGUGCCUCUGGUGGGAAGGAUUUCCAAUUUUGCCGCAAGAACUUCCUUAGCCAGCAAACCCUGGCCAACAUUGAAGAUCUCAAGGGCCAGCUUCUGGUCUCGGUGGCAGACUCUGGCUUCUUGCUAUUGACGGAUGAUGAAAGGAGGGUCCUCAAUCGACUACGCUACGGAGCCAACACUCGAGGACGUCGCCAUCAGAACUUCUUUGACAUCCCUCAGCGUGUGGACACUAACAGCGAAAAUGAUGCCAUCACAACGGCAGUCAUCGCCUGGAGCUUCUAUCCCAAAUUGCUAGUGCGAGACAACCCGGGAAGCAGAGGUUUGCGCAAUGUUGGCAACAAUCAGUCCAUCAGCCUGCACCCGUCAUCCGUCAAUAAAGGCCACAAUGAACUCAAGUGGCUGUCUUACUAUCACAUCAUGCAAUCAAAGACCGUUUAUCAUGCGCAUGAAACUACAGCAGCCGAUCCCUUCGCCAUUGCUUUACUUUGUGGCGAUGUGCGAGCUGAUAUGUUUGCUGGUGUGCUAGUUCUCGAUGGAAACCGUUGCAGAUUCGCGCUGCCCGAUUGGAAGACUAUGCUCGUCAUCAAAGUCCUUCGUACGAGACUUCGUGAACUUCUUACACGCUCCUUUAAGCAACCAGGCAAGCUGCCAACUGCCCAGCAUGAACGGUGGCUGGCAAUUUGGCAAAAGAUAUUCUCACAAGAAGCCAACAAGGACAAUGGGAACAGUGCUGUUGGCAAAGCAUAG